CGCCAAAGCAGGCUGCUUCCUAGAGCAGUGGGGUACCAUUCACUCCCGGUUGCUGUAGGCCGAGUGGUGCCGAUUGACCCUGAUUAUUGAAUACUCCUCUGGGGAUCUCCCCCUCCGCCCGCCUGGAGGCAGGACCUGGCCACGCCUUGGAAUGUAAAGUGGUAGCUUUUAGCACAGUUUACAAGGCAUCGCAUUAACGACUGGGUACAGGUAAACUCAGCCUGUUGGUUUGCUCAGCACUUCAGCCCAUGUUGCCAACUCUAGUGAUUUAAAAAAAAAAUUUCCCCCAAUAAGACUGGGCUGUGAUUGUUUUGAGAGCUGCCUUAUGCCGGCAAGACAGCUUCCAGCAGAGUGGCCAGAAGGAGCUGGUGGGCCUACCAGCAACCAAGACGCCCUACCUCAGCCUGGAGAUGAAUUAAAAUGCAGCACACAACAUGCACAGAGGACAGGAUCCAUCAUGCUCUGGAAAGAUGUCUACAUGGGCUGAGCAGAAGUGCAGCCUCUUCCAGCACAUGGACCGCUGGGCUGUGUCUGAACUGCUGGAGCCUGCAGGAGCUGGUGAGCCGAGAUGCGGGGAACUACCUCAUCCUCUUGGAGAAAAUCCUGCAGAAAACCAAAGAGGUGCAAGAGACGUGCAACUACGACCUCCUCACCCCCUUGGCUCUGCUCUUCUACUCUGCAGUUCUGUGUACUCCUCACUUCCCACCAGACUCAGACCUGCUGCAGAAGGCCAUUAGCAUCUACCACAGCUUCCUCACCUGGCCGGUGCCCUACUGCAACAUCUACCGGGAGCUGCUGACCUUCAUCAGCAAUGAACUCAAGGCCCCAGGGAUUUCGUACCAGCGGCUGGUGAGGGCGGAGCAGGGACUGUCCGGGAAGAGCAACCAGAGCGCCACCAUCACGGUCCUGCUGCUCAACCCCUCGGAGGUGCAGAGCGAAUACCUUUCCGUCGCCAAGAAGCUGAGCACCAGGGAGCACCCGCAGCACAACACCUUCCUCGUGCUCAUCGGACACAUCUACCAGGCCGCCUUUGGGACCCAGUGCGACAUGGACAGCUUAAAGCACAUCCUGAAGUCCAAGACGGUGGAGGAGCUCUCGGAGAUCCAUUCUCGCAGCACAGAAGCUCAGGAGCUGGCAGCUGUUACCAGCGACCCUGUGGCAGCCAGGGAGCAGCUGCAGUGCAUGCUGCGGGACAUCGGGGCAGCGGCAGGCUUCCCGAAGAUCACAGGGGUGGCCCAGUCGCAUAAACUGCACACGGUGCCCAUCCCCGUUGCUCGAUGCUACACCUACACCUGGGACCAGGAUAACUUCGAUAUCCUCAGAGAUGUCCUGGACCAGGAGCGCAGUGUUCUCCAGCCAAUGCCCGUGGAGGUGGAGGUAGAGGUAGAAGUGGAGGUGGAAGUGGAGGAAGAAGACGAGACGGAAAUCGAUGGCUGUUCUCCCCAGAGGGACUCCCUCCUUUCCUCCAUCUCGGCCGUUUCCAAGGACUCCAUGUAUUCAGCAUUGUCAGAGGAGGCGGCGAAGCAUUCGCGGAUCUCGCUCCUAUCCACCGCUUCCAGGGACUCCAUCUCGGAGCUGUCUGUGGUCUCCAGGAGGUCCCUGACGACCUUUGUCUCCAGCCUCAAAGAUUGCAUGGACAGCGGCUAUGCUGAAGACAGUGACGAGAGCUGUCUAGAGCAGGUGGGGCGGCAGGACCUGAAGGAGGAGAAGACUCUUCACAGACAGAGUCAGAGGCUGGCCAGCAAAAUCUGCAAGCUCUUCAAGAGCAAAAGCCAGCUGAUGCUGCGGAGGGAAUUCCCGGAAUAUCCCGACACUGGCUCUCUCUCCCUGCCUCUGCGGCGGGCCGAGAGCCUGUGCAACCCACAGGCCACGCAACCCAUCCCGGCGCGGUCCCGGAGGGCUCUCUCCCUGCCCCAGCACGUGCUGAGCCAGCGGCUCCCGCAGCCCCACCCCAUGCAGAACGUGCGUGUCCAGCGCAGGCCCUUCCUGAGCUGCGAUGAAGAUACCCCGGUCUCCACGCUGCGUGUGGUGGUCUUCGGGUCCGACCGCAUCUCGGGGAAAGUGGCCCGGGCCUACCGGAACCUGAGGCUACAAGAAAUCAAUUGCCCAUUACUGACAAGGUACUUCAAGCUCCAGUUUUUCUACAUCCCAGUGAAGAGGAGCUGCCUUACCUCAUCUGCAUCACUGACACAGCCGCCUCCUUCUCCGAGAGACCCUCACCUCAGAGCCUCAGGGCAACGGGAGCCUGGCUCAGCGGGGGGGCAAAGCAGCACCAACGAAAUCUCCCACUACAUUGGGAUGCUGGACCCAUGGUACGAGCGCAACGUUCUCGGGCUAAUUAACCUGCCCACGGACGUCCUGUGUCAGGUAUGUCCGGGAGCCCCAGGGGAACCCAUCCUGGCGGAAUGGGUGCUUUACUCCUGCCGUUUCGCUACUCGCCCCGUGCUGCUGCCGCUCUACCAGACAAAGCUAACCUUCAUUGGUGGGGAGCAGAAGACUGAAGUCUUCGUUCACUCUCUCGAAUUGGGCCAUUCGGCUGCCACACGGGCCAUCAGGGCGUCUGGUCCAGGCAGCAAACGGCUGGGAAUAGACGGUGACCGAGAAGCAAUCCCACUCACACUACAAAUCGACCAUCGAAAGACAGCAGCUAGUGGAAGGAGCCGCACCAUUAGGGCUCAAAAGACCUGCACCUCCGUCAACCUCAGCAAGGCCUGUAAAAAGUACGAGGAGCUCGACCCGAAAACGGAGAGUCUGACUGUCACCAUAACCGAGGUCGUCAAGCGGCAAAACUCCAAGUCAAAGAAAAGCUUCAAUCAGCAAAUCAGUGUGUCCCAGAUCAAAGUAGACAUGGUGGAGAUCGUCGGGCUGAAGUGUAGCUUCGCCGUGUGCCUGGAUCAGGAUGAGCAGAAAAUCCUGCAGAGCGUGACGAGGUGUGAGGUGUCUGCAUGCUACAAGCCCAGGGACGCACUGAGAACAUCCCCUUUGGACAACUGCCCCCCAGACCUGCCUGAGUUCUGUUCUCUUCUGUGCUUGCCCAUUGCCACCUUCAGCGGAGCACUGCCGUAGAGGAACCAGCAAGGCCGGGGGAACGUCCCGGGCCCCACGCCACUUCAGACCAGAUGUGCCUCCAGCAGAUGCCGACAGUUGCAAAAGAAGCCUCCGGAAGAGGAAACGUGUUGCACUUCCUUGGGGUGGGGAGCCAGAGCUUCCUGCACCCAGCUGUCUUGCAACUUGAAGCAUUAGCACAAUGUGUCUAGCAUGCCCGCGAGAAGGGGAUCUCUGGCAGCUGUCGCCGUUCGUGCCCGGGGGAGGGAAGGGGGCUCUUUGUCAUCUCCAAGUGGCAUUGCAGUUGGCGGGGUGGAAUGCCACUUUCCUGAUCAUCCGCACUGGGCAUCACCUGGCAGCUGGCGUGGAUGCUGCAGAGACUGCGCUAGGCGGUGUUGGGGACAUACAGAGAGAGCGGGCUCUGUACGUGCUGGGGUGUAGCACGUCACCUUAAACAGCUGGAGAGUUUCCAACUGACCUCCUGACGAUGCCUUGGUGAUGUUUCGCCCAAACUAAAUGUGGGGAUCUCGCUUCAUGUUGCAAAUUCUUUGGGAUCAGGGGGCAAAUCUCUCAAUUGUCUGGGGGCUCAUUUGCCCCCCAGGCCAAGUCACAACGGUGAAGGAGGAGCUGACUGUGGCUAGCAGGCCAUGGCUUGGGUGCCAGCGAUCUAGUGCAAUAGGCAGGUUCUGAGCGUACGCUCUUCUGGGCACCGCGGUACAUUUGCUGAAGAGCCAGAGAGAUCGGCUUCUGCAUCCUCUCUGAAAGCACAAAUUCUGGGGGAGGCACGAGCUCCCCCGUUGAGUGAAAGUUCCCAUGGCCAUGUCCCUGGCACGGAAUGCUGGGUUGGAAACACCCCGGAGAGGUGACCAUCUGGUGCCGAUGAAACGGCACUUAUGGUUCAUGGGGGGAAGGAGGCAAGUACAGCUUUGUUGCAGAAGGCCCUGGAGACAGAAACACUAGAGACUCCGCAGUUACAGGAUGCCAGGUCCCCUGGGAGAACACCUCUUUCCAGCAGGAAGGACAGUUAACUCCCUUCUUCCUUGUUCCGAGGCUCUAGGAGCCAAGUGCCAGGAAGGUGCAAUAGCUGUGAGUACAGUCUGACCACAGAAGCAGUAUGAGGUGGAACAGCCUGGUCUGAUACUUUUCACCACAAAGCUAUUUAUUAGUGUUGGUUGGCUUACAGCACUGUUCCUAGCACGCCAACGCAUGCAUGUCUCUGCUGCCUCGCAAGGCGCUGCUCCAAAUGCUGGAGGGAGCUACCCUUUUGCUAGGCCAGAAGUGGAUCACUGCACCUUCUCCUGACACGGCAGUGUAAUCUGUGGGUUUGGCAUCCACCCAUCUCUUGCCCCAUUAAUGUUGUAAACACUGAUGCUUUUGCUGGUCUCGCAAAAAUACAGACGAGCAGAAGUGCCCUGUGAUGAAGGAAAACAAGCACAAAACCCCUAGGAACGUAGAACCCCAUAGAAGACUUUGGGCCUGCCAUGCUUUUUGAAAAAUGAUAGAUACUCGUUUCAGGGUGAACUGUACAUAUGUUGGUCAUCAGCAAGUCUGUGUGUCUGUGCUAACUUGUAAAAUAUUGUUCAGAAAACUUUUUAAAAAAUUGUAAAAUAUUAAAUGUUGAUUUAUUUCCAGAGCACUGUGAGUGCAGA